AACUAGACCUUCCCGGGGGCUAUUAAUGCCUAAAAAAAGUAUUUAUAUAGAGUGGAGAGGGAACCAACGAAUCAGUCUCAAUAUGUCCUCCCAGGUGGUGGCUGCUGACGAUAUUGACGUUGACUUUUUGCCUGUGAUUUACCAGUACCUGCGUUGCUUGGAGAAGGAGCAGACAGACGUGAGUCGUGUGUCACAGGAGUCUAGCCAGAAGGUGUUAGAACUUCAACGCAAGAUCCACACAGCACGCGAACAGGUGCGUAAACUGCCAGGAGUGGAAUACAGUCGGGAGGAGCAGCUACGUAGACUAGAGGCCCUGAGAAAGCAAUUGGCUCUUAAGAAGCGUCUUCUGCUCAAAUACAAAGCUAAGAGUGACAUUCCCCAUUAACCAGCAUUGUUUGUGCUAUGGUGCUGCGAUACCUUCUGAAUAGACUACUGAACAACUCGGAGGUGAUAGAUAGACUGGCAGAGUCUUAUCCCAUUCGACGUGCUGCGCAGCUUACUGCUUAUGCCUUUCAACGCAGUAAAGAAGCAAUAGAAUCAGGAGCUACAAAACGUGUAGGACAGUUUCGGAGUGAUUUUAUGAAAGAGGUUAAAGAAGGAUUUAAGAAGAUUCAGGAAGAAAAUCAACGUAAGCAAAAUUAGGAAGAAAUUUGAAUACAGUAGUGGAGGAAAUCUGUAGUAUUGAGGUGGUUGUUUGUGUACUCUCGCACUUAGGAGAUUGUGUGGAUAGACACUGUCACGGCAUCAGAAAAGUGUGGCUAUUCUGAAGUCUGUAUUUAAUAACAGCUUAUGGGGGCCAACAGUUCUCAGUUGCCGCCUGCAGACACCAGCAUGCCUGUAGGAGGCAUCGCCGAAGGUCACAUUAACACAGCGGCUGAGGACAAGAAGCCAAAGUGCAAGGCAUGCUGUGCCUGCCCAGAGACUAAGCAAGCAAGAGAUGCAUGUAUUGUAGAGAAUGGUGCAGAAAACUGCCAAGAUCUUAUAGAGGCUCAUAAAAAAUGCAUGAGAGAGAUGGGUUUUAAUAUUUAGUAUUUCCCAGCAGUGAUACUGUAUAUUAGUAUGGUCAUGUUGAAUGAGGAAUAAUUUAUCAUUUUUGUGUUUGUGCAUUUGCAGGUGUGGAACAAUGGCAACCAUUCAGUUAAUGAAUAGUGUUGAGUGAGGAUUGAUGAGCUGUCAGAAUAAUGGCGACAACAUCUCAGAAGCACACGCUCUUUGUUGCUGAGCCUAUGGGAGAUAAGCCUGUGACAGAACUGGCUGGUAUUGGAGAAGUUCUGGGCAGGAGACUAGAGAAUCGAGGCUUUGAUAAAGCUUAUGUAGUUCUUGGUCAGUUUCUUGUUCUCAAGAAGAAUAGAGAGUUAUUUUUAGAGUGGUUGCAGGACUUGGUGGCAGCCAAUUCCAACCAAGCAUCAGAGUGUUAUCAGUGUCUUGCUGACUGGUGCAGCGAGUUUCUGUAACAUUGAAAUCUUUAGAUAAUGGUACUUUUUUCAUGUCUAUGAAGCUCUUUUUGAGUUAAUUUUAUUUCUCUGAACUUUGGAUUUAUAUUUCCAAGUUAAGAAAGUUCACCAUAUCGUGAAGUUAUCCUUGUGUUAGUGGAUGCAUUGAAUGUAAUGGUAACCAUGUCGCACAAAGGCCACUCAAUUGUGACUAUUGAGUCUAUAGACUCUGACCUUGAGAUGCUACUACCCAAGCAAGGCUCUAUGACUGAUUACUGCUACAACAUUUGCUCAUUUAUAUGGCCUUACUUUUCCGUGGCCAACUAUAAGCUCCCGUACAGAAUAUUAUCUUCCCUGGCACCACCUGUUGUAUUUCCUGAGUUCCGUCGUGUUCAUUCUGACAUGAAAGGUCCAGUAUGGGUGGUGACCACACUUGCUCUGAUCCUAUUGUAUGGUAUUCAUAGUCCAGCUAGAACACUAGUUGGAGAACUACUAAUUGCCACUAAAUUAACUCUUGGGUACUGGUUAGGGUUUUCCUUGGUUGCUUUCUUUCUUGGUUACUUUUGCCAGACGUGCCUGACCCUGUCCCAGUUAGUGUCAAUCUCUGGCUACAGCUUAACUGGCCAUUGCCUUGUGUUGCUUACAGCAGAGGUUCUGCACCAGGAGAACAGUCACAGCAUGUUUUUCUUUCUGACCACUGUGUUUGGGGGACUUGCCACUGCUAGACUGGUCAUAAUCAUUUUGGCGAGGACCCCAGGACCUGCUCAGAGGCUGCUCAUGUGCUCCACGCUAGCCAGCAUUCAUCUUAUGCACUUAAUUUACAUACAUUUUGCUUGUAUGAGGAAACAAUUUGACCUAUAAAUUAAAUGUAAAGUAUCAAGUAUCCUGCUGCAGGAAAAGUUUGUACAUAUUGUAGAAUACAGACAAUUUUCCACAGAUGUAUUGUCGGUUACAGUAGAUGUUAGGUGAAUGGAUAAACAAACGCUAAUUUAUUAAUGGAUAGUUUUGGUCACUGCAUAUCACAGCUACUGUUAAUGAUGGCGAGGCAGUAAAGUGAAUGUGGCCACUACUUGAUGUAAGAAAGUGAGAGGCAAUUUGUGAAUAUUUUAACACCAUUAAAGGUUGAAACACAAGAGAUUGCUCCCAGAAGUUCCUUGUUGCUGUUACUGCAAAUGUAAAAAGUUAUUUCACUGAAUAAAGCAAGAAAGUUA